GCUUCAGGGCGCAGGCGCGGGGAGGGGUUGGGGGAGGAGGCAAAGCGGCGAGUAAGAUGGAAGAUGAGGAGGUCGCUGAGAGCUGGGAGGAGGCGGCAGACAGCGGGGAAAUAGACAGACGGUUGGAAAAAAAACUGAAGAUCACACAAAAGGAGAGCAGGAAAUCCAAAUCUCCUCCCAAAGUGCCCAUUGUGAUUCAAGACGAUAGCCUUCCCACCGGGCCCCCUCCACAGAUCCGCAUCCUCAAGAGGCCCACCAGCAACGGUGUGGUCAGCAGCCCCAACUCCACCAGCAGGCCAGCCCUUCCUGUCAAGUCCCUAGCGCAGCGGGAGGCCGAGUACGCUGAAGCCCGGAAGCGGAUUCUGGGCAGCGCCAGCCCUGAGGAGGAGCAGGAGAAACCUAUCCUCGACAGGCCAACCAGGAUCUCCCAACCAGAAGACAGCAGGCAGCCCAAUAAUGUGAUCAGACAGCCUUUGGGUCCUGAUGGGUCACAAGGCUUCAAACAGCGCAGAUAAAUGCAGGCCAGAAAGGAUGCCGCCGCCGUCACCACCUCCUGGGUCGUCAGCCAUGGGUCGCACUGCUGUGGCAGACAGCUGGACUUGAGCAGAGGGAACGACCUGACUUACUUGCACUGUGAUCCCCCUUGCUCCGCCCACUGUGACCUUGAACCCCAUGCACUGUGACCUCCCUCCUUCCCCCCUUCCCACUGUGAUUGGCACGUCCUCAGCAAGGGUUGUCCCAAGUCAAUGGAAAGGGAAAGUCUGGGGGUUAGGGGAGGAUUGGGGGGACCCACCAAGGACUCAGAGUAGAGAGUCAGACAGUGCCACUUGGCCACUUGGGGUAAAGCCAGUGCCAGCAAUAAGAUUAUCAUGCUCAUUAAUUUGGGAUUUCAAAAGACAAAUGAGAACUUCACCCGCCCAACCCCAAGUGCAUGUCUUCAUCACUUAAAAAGUAAGUUCCAUUUGAAAAUAUCCUUUCCCUUUUUUUUUUCCUUCUUUCUAUUUUUGUUUGUUUAUACAAAUAUCUGACUUAAGAAAAAGUGCAUGGGAGGGGUUUUAGCAGUUCAAUGAAUUUUUAAUUGAGAAAGGGUAGUUUGGUAGUCUACUUAAAAAUGUUUCUGGUUUAUUCACUAGAAACAUUAACUGAUAGGAUUUUGGUGAGCUUAGCUUCUAUAUUCCUACUGCCGCCCAGAAAAGGGGCAGGGCUCUGCAGCCCCAGGACAGGUGAGCACCCCAUGCCUAUACCUCCCUCCCCCAGCUAGGCCCCAGGCACCUUGCCCUGCCUGGAGUCAGGGCUAGCUCUUUAGGCUCAGAGAGCCUGGGGAGGGUGCCAACCCCACCUCUAGUAUUUUGGGAGAUAGGGAAAGUGACAAACUUCCCUUUCCCCUGCCCCUCAGGGUAGCUUCCUACCAGCCAGGCAAGAGCAGAGAGCAUCAGGAAGUGAGACUGCACUCCUGGGCUUAGAAGCAAAGGAUACGAGGCUUGGUCAGUAUUUGCUGUCAGCACAGGAAGACCAGGAGCAUGUGGCUCCUGAGCUUGAAGCCUGCGCCUGGUAUGGUCACAUAGACUUUCCCACUCCAGCAAGGCUGGAACUCCUCCUCCACUGAUGGCUGCACCUCGGUGACUAUACCAGCUACGUUUCCUCUGAAAUCAGUACCUUGGGAGCAGAACAGUCUGAGUAAAGUAGGGAAGGAUAAAGUUUUGCAUUGCAAAGACGGAUGGCCAACAGUUUCCCAGAGGCCAGGGCUGCCCUUUACUCCUUUUUCCAGAGCAAGGACCUGAUGUGAAGACGGUUUGUCCUCUGGCCCUGGAGCCUGGAGAUUUGCUUUGACUCCUUGAGAAGAGGCUGGCAGGGCAGCCGUGUGGACAGCCUGCCUCUCCCCAGCUCACUUUUCUCUUGGGACACACUGCACCUUACCCUCAAUGAGCUAGGCAGCCUCUCCGCUCCUGAUCAGUGGAUGGUUUUUGGAGUGGUUAGUGUGGUUUUGGAGUAGGGCAGCUUGUGGUGGUCCAGUAGCAAGCCAGAUUUUGCAGAUCUACUCUGCAAUGGGUUCCUCUGGCCAGGCCCAGCCGUGUUCCAGGCCUUCUCCCUAGGAGGAAGGACCAGCUGCCAGUCGAACCUACAACUGUUCCAUGGCCCAGCCUGAGGACUGUGUGAAGCCAGGAAUUGUCUGUGAAUGGAGCCAGAGCAGAGGGUCAUAGAUGCAGUUACUGCAAGGAGUGGGCAGGAAGAAAGGUGGCUGCUAUCUUGGAGUCCACUGCCAUGACCAGGUGUGUGUACUCUAAAUGUGUCAUGCCCAUCCCUCAAGAUAGAGUGGCUUCUGGCCAAGGCAAGACUCUCCUUUCAGUUGGAGAGGGGUGCAGAGGCAGUGCAGGUGGGAGGCCAGGCAAGCAAUGGCUCUGCCUUGGUGCCACCGGUUCCUGCAACACCCCCUCUGGUGGGAGUGAGCACAGCUGGUGUCUGGACUGAGCAUGUGGCCAGGACUGUUGCUCUCACCUCUCCGGCCAAAGAAAGGGCUCUGCCCACACUGUGCCUGUGUCCACCCACCAGCAGUCAUGCCUUUGGCUUCCCAGAUGAGAGGUGGCAGGCAAAAUGAAAGAAAGCAGAAACUAUUAUUUGGGGGGAGGUGGGCAGGAAGAUGGGAAACGGUUUGGAUUUUGUGUGGGGGUUUUUUUGUAGUUGUCUGUAACUUUCCUUAAGUGCUUUUUCUUUUCUUUUUCUUUUUUUUUAAAGUAAGUUGCAGGCUUUGGCUUGGAAAUCCCCAGGGGAAUGAGGGGCAGGACCCUGAGGCUGCUGCCCCUUUUGUCUCCCUUCAUGGUACUGUCCCUUUCCCAGCUCCUCCCAGACCCCAUGAGCCAGGCCUCAGUCUUUCCGGCUAACCGCUUCCCAUGAGCCACUACUCUGAUGUCAGCCUAUAACCAAAGGAGCUAGGGGUCCGGGCCUGGUGACCAACCCUUCUCAGCAAUCAGGGUGCUCCCCACCUGCAGGCAGGAGGCAACACCCUAUCUGCUAUCAUCAGCCCCUUCCAGAGCCCACUUGCCCCGCCUAGCCCUGCCCUGCCCAGCCAUACCCUGCUCUGCCCCAUUUGGGGGUGCCCUGCUCAGGGAUGGGCCGGUAGGGCUGCACCCAGCCUCCCUGGCAAGCAGAGACUCAAGAGACCUCUGGGGUUCUGUUUUCUGGUCGUGUGAUCCCAAGGGUGCACAUGGGCCCCUUGGGUGUCUGAACAGAAGGGAAUGGGAGGGGGCCACACCCCUGCAUCGUGCUUUGCUGGUGCAGUGGGCAGCUGCCUACCCCCACCUCACCCCUACACGCGGGCUCCUGAGUCGGCAGAUUAAGCAUUUUAUAAAUUGUAUUUUAAAUACAUGUUUUAAACUUGUCA